CCGAUACCCAACUGUGCGGUCACUCCAUCAGGGUACAGUCUUACUCUGUGGAUCAGACACACACCUUUAGUUUAGCCUGUCUUAACUUUAAGCUUCAUCUCACAUCAGUUGAGAAUGGACCACCAUGACUGGCAGCGAGGGAGGAGUAGAGGCCACAGGCACUACGAUGAUGACGAUGAGGUCCAGCCAUUCUACAUUGGUGUUCCAGUUUCACACAGACGGAAAAGACACAGACAUCGCUCCUAUGCCAAUGAAGCAGACCGUUACUCACGGCGCUCCCACUAUAAUCAUCACGCUCACCGUGAACACUCACAUGAGGAGUACUACAACGACAGAGAGGAGCAGUAUGAUGAUGAUGGAGGCAACAGUGUGCAGCAGGAUCAGGCUGAUCUCACAGUGUCUCCUGCUGCAGAAAGACUUCGCCACAUCCUCGGGGAAGAGGACAGCUCUCCAACACCAACAAUAUUCACAGAGAUGGACACACUUCAACAGGAUGGGGAUGAAUUAGAGUGGAAGGAGUCUGCACGGUGGGUGAAAUUUGAAGAGAAGGUUGAAGAGGGAGGAGAAAGAUGGAGCAAGCCUCACGUGUCCACGCUGACCCUCCAUAGUCUGUUUGAGCUCAGGACCUGCCUGCAGACUGGAAGUAUUGUGCUCGACUUGGAGGGAUACUCACUACCACAGAUCGUAGAGGAGAUUGUGGACCGGCAGAUAGCCGAUGCCCUCAUUCCUCCAGAAAUGAAGGAGAAGAUCAUCUUUGUGUUGCUCAGGAGACACCGUCACCAGACCAAGAAACCAAUCCACCGCUCACUGGCAGACUUAGGGAAGUCCUCCAACACGUCUACCAAUCGCAGUCCUCAGGUUAAUCUGAGCCGUAGUACUAGUUCAGCUUCUGGGAUCCACCGCUCCACAGAAGACCUACGCUCUCGGCAGUCAGGCAGCCUUGGCCGUCUGCAUCCUGCCCAGAGCCGAAGCAUGAAUGAUAUUUCUGUCACACCCAGCACUGAUCAACUGAAGAAUAAGUUCAUGAAGAAGAUUCCCCGUGAUGCCGAAGCCUCUAACGUGAUGAUCGGUGAGGUGGACUUUCUGGACAAACCAUUUGUCUCCUUUGUUCGUUUGGCUCAAGCUACAACUCUGGGAGGACUCACAGAGGUCCCUGUUCCAACCAGAUUUCUCUUCAUCCUGCUCGGUCCUCAAGGCAAAGCCAAGUCCUACAAUGAAAUUGGCAGAGCUAUCGCUACUCUCAUGGUGGAUGAUCUGUUUAGUGAUGUUGCCUACAAAGCGAGGGAUCGUGAAGACCUGAUUGCAGGUGUAGAUGAGUUCCUGGAUGAGGUGAUCGUACUUCCUCCAGGCGAAUGGGACCCAAAAAUACGCAUUGAGCCACCAAAGAAGGUUCCAUCAGCAGAAAUGAGGAAAUCAGUGCUUAACCUGAAUGAGCUGGGUCAGAUGAACGGCUCGGCAGGUGGAGCCGCUGGAGAAGAUGAGGAACUUCCUGUUCAGCAUGAAGUGGGAGAGGAGCUGAAAUUUACUGGGAGAGUUUGUGGUGGAUUGUGGAUGGACAUCAAGAGGAAGGCCCCAUUCUACUGUAGUGAUAUCUACGACGGCUUCCAUAUCCAGUCCAUCUCUGCUGUGCUCUUCAUCUACUUGGGUUGCAUCACCAAUGCCAUCACCUUCGGAGGUCUGCUAGGCGAUGCUACCGACAAUUACCAGGGAGUGAUGGAGAGUUUCCUCGGCACAGCUUUAGCAGGAACCGUCUUCUGCUUGUUUGGUGGACAGCCUCUCAUCAUUCUCAGUUCAACUGGACCCAUCCUCAUCUUUGAGAAACUGCUUUAUGAGUUCAGCAAGAGCAACAGCAUCGACUACAUGGAGCUGCGUUUGUGGAUUGGUCUUCACUCGUGUCUGCAGUGUUUUGUGUUGGUUCUCUCAGACGCCAGCUACAUCAUCAAAUACAUGACCCGCUUCACAGAGGAAGGCUUCUCCAGCCUCAUCUCCUUUAUAUUUAUCUCUGAUGCCAUCAAGAAGAUGGUGGGAUGCUUUAACUAUUACCCAAUCAAUCGGGGCUUCAAACCUGAUUACAUAACAUCCUACAAGUGUGAAUGCAUUGCCCCAGACCAGGCAUCUCCCCUGGGUUUAAAUGUUUCAGCUCCGCUCGCUGAUGAUAACAUGACUCUGCUGUUUAACUUGACAGACCUGGACUGGAGUCAGCUGAGUAAGAAGGAGUGUCUGAAAUAUGGAGGCUCUCUGGUGGGGAACUCCUGUAAGUAUGUUCCAGAUCUGGCCCUCAUGUCCUUCAUCCUCUUCUUUGGCACCUACUCCAUGACUCUGUCUCUCAAGAAGUUCAAGUUCAGCCGUUACUUCCCAACAAAGCUCCGCUCCCUGAUCAGUGAUUUUGCCAUCAUCAUCUCUAUCCUGGUCUUCUGUGGCUUGGACUGCCUUCUGGAGCUGGACACUCCCAAAUUGCACGUGCCCACAGAGAUUAAGCCGACACGUCCAGACCGCGGCUGGUUUGUUCUUCCAUUUGGUAAGAACCCCUGGUGGUGGUAUCUGGCCAGCUCUGUUCCUGCUCUCCUCGUCACCAUCCUCAUCUUCAUGGACCAGCAGAUCAGUGCUGUCAUCGUCAACCGCAAGGAAAACAAGCUAAAGAAAAGCUGUGGUUACCACCUGGACCUGUUCUGGGUGGGUGUUCUGAUGGCGGUCUGCUCCUUUAUGGGUCUACCCUGGUACGUGGCCGCCACUGUUAUCUCCAUCGCUCACAUUGACUCUCUGAAGAUGGAGAGUGAGUGCAGUGCCCCUGGAGAGCAGCCACAGUUCCUUGGAGUCAGAGAGCAGCGGCUGACUGGUACUCUGGUGUUUGUGCUGACCGGACUCUCAGUGUUCCUCGCUCCCGUCCUUCAGUAUAUCCCCAUGCCAGUUCUCUAUGGAGUCUUCCUCUACAUGGGAGUGGCAUCGCUGAGCGGCAUCCAGUUCUGGGAGCGGAUCAAGCUGUUCCUGAUGCCUCCGAAACACCAGCCCGACUUCUCCUUCCUCCGUCAUGUUCCCUUGAGACGUGUUCAUCUCUUCACCCUGGUUCAGAUCAUCUGUCUGGCUGUUCUCUGGAUCCUCAAGUCCACGUUCCUGGCCAUCAUCUUCCCAGUCAUGAUUCUGGGUCUGAUGGUUGUAAGAAAGCUACUGGAUCUGAUGUUCUCACAACACAACUUAGCCUGGUUGGAUGACAUCCUGCCCGACAAAGACAAGAAGAAGAAAGAGGACGAGAAGAAGAAAAAGAAAGAGAAGAAAGCAGUUGAACCAGAAAGUGAUGAGGAGCCGGACCGCUCUGCUCUCACUCCUGUCAAGAUUUACCUGGAGGCAUUAGAACCCCCCCCAGAGUCAGGUCCCGCUUACGUUAACCCCUUCAGCCAAAACCAAACCUCUGAGUGGACCCUUCCAGUGGUGCCCAUUGUCUAAGGUACUGUUUGAGUUGAACGUGAUUCAAAGGAGUGGAUAUACAUAUAAAGGUGUCCAGAACAACACGAGUUCCUCUCCCCAAAUAAAGCUCUUUGCCCUGUUCCCGAGGAGGAGUCCAGUCUGUCUGUAUAGAGGCAGUUCAGUUCAGUUGCUUUGUAAUCUCAGCUCAGGACCAAAGCUGGGGGAUAAAAAUAUUUUUGACAGUUUUUCUAUCAUGUCAGCUUUUUCUUUAUUAGAACUUUAUUAUUCACUGCAGAAUAUUCACUGGGGGAGCGGUAAGCUGCAGACAUGGCUGCGCUUGAGGAACAUUUGGUGGUUUAACCCCCCAAUCCAACUCCUUAAUGAUGAGUGUGAAGCAGGGAGGCAUUGGGUCCUGUUUUUGAAGUCUUUGGUAUGAGCCAACUGGGAUUUGAACCCACAAUCUCCCAGUCUCAGGGUGGACACUCUACCACUAGGCCACCUGUCACCAUCUGUUCUAGCCUCACCCUCCUCACAAGACUGACACGCCUAAAGCAGUGCCUUUAUCCAAACCCGGAGUUUACAAUCUACCAUUUUCUUAUUGAGGACCCUAGUUUCAACCUCGGAGGUGCUGAUUUUCAUCUCGUCUGCUUCACACUUGCUCCUGGCUUAAUGAGGCCAACAUGACAAAAUCAUCCACGAGAAUCAGGGACACAAUCUGAACCCCUCCCCCCAAACCAAAGACCUCCUGCUUGUUUGCUGCAGCAAGAACAUCUGUCAAUAGAAGUUGUCAACAGGAUUAGUACCAAAGGGCAACCUUGGUAGUGUUCAACACUUACUGUGAUAUCUCUGACAGUCAGGAUGCCACUGAGAAGUACUCAUUCAGGACGCAUCUUCCUGUCAGUUAGAAUAAAUAACUUAUUAUAGAUUUAAAAUUUUAUUUACUGUUUGUUUCAUAUCUAAUAAUCUCUCUAUGUGUUUGUGUAUGUAUUUCUGUACUUGCUUGUGUUUGCUUGUUCUGUGCUGUUUUGUGCACGUUCUCUCGGCUCGUGUACGUAUAUGUGCUUUCUUACAGGAGAUGAAUCCUUACUCAACAGUCACAUCCAAUGAAAACGAACUAGACCGCAGUAUCACUCUUCGCCUGAAGAUCUCCUGCCCCCCUUCACCAGUCCA